ACCACCAAACCGCUAUCUAUUAUGCUUCUUUCUAAUUCCAAACCUUCUUCUAACCUCCAUAGCUAUUUCCAUUGACACCAUCACUCCCACACGUCCCCUCACAGAAAACCAAACUUUAGUCUCCGCCGGCGACCUCUUUGAACUAGGAUUCUUCACUCCCGGCAACUCCGGCAAACGGUAUGUCGGGAUAUGGUACAAGAAAAUAAAACAGAGAACAGUCGUUUGGGUCGCAAACAGAGACAAACCACUCACGAAUUCCCCCGGUUUCUUGAAAAUUGGUGAAGAUGGUGGAAUCCAUUUGGUAGACAGCAUAGGAGAUUCUAUCUGGUCAUCAUCGAAUCAGACAAAUCUCCCAGUUCCAAGGAACAACACAGCUGUUGCCCAGCUCCUAAAUUCUGGGAACUUUGUUCUGCGCCAAGAAAACGAUGAAAAAGCAGAGGAUUAUCUCUGGCAAAGCUUUGACCACCCGACAGACACACUCUUACCUGGAAUGAAGCUAGGAUGGGAUUCCAAAACCGGGCUCAAUCGAUACAUAUCAUCCUGGAGAAGCCCAAUCGAUCCAUCGGAAGGGGAUAUAAGCUUCAAGUUGGACAUCAAUGGCUACCCAGAAGCAUUCUUGAGGAAUAAAGGCUCAAUCUUUUACAGAAGUGGAGGCUGGAAUGGGAACCGAUUCAGCGGAGUCCCAGAAAUGGAAACAGAAGGAGCUGAAGUAAUCAGUUUCUCCUUUAAGAGGACUCAGGACGAAGUUUACUACUCAUUCGAGAUGAAAAAUGAAACAUUGUAUUCGAGAUUGAUAGUGAACCAAACAACAGGGUAUCUGGAGAGGUACACUUGGGUCCCGGAGAGUCUCAUUUGGAACCAAUUUUGGUACUUUCCGAAUGAUCAAUGCGACCUUUACAGAGAAUGCGGUUCCUUUGGGUUAUGUGGGCUUCAGCAGUCACCAGUUUGCGGGUGUUUGGUCGGGUUUAAGCCCCGAAACCAGCAGGCUUGGGGUUUGCGGGAUGGGUCGGGCGGGUGCAUUCGGGUCGACAAGCUGGAGUGCGAAGGGGACGGGUUUUUGGCAUUGAACUAUACGAAGUUGCCGGAGAGUGGGGGUGCGUUUGUGGAUGAGAAGAUGAGUUUGGAUGAGUGUAAGGGGAUGUGCCUUAAGAAUUGCUCCUGCACGGCUUAUACCAACGCCAAUGUCAGCAAUGGCGGGUCGGGUUGCGUAAUUUGGACGACGGAGCUUCUCGACAUGCGCAAUUUUUCGGAAGUGGGUGAUCAACUUCUUUACAUUCGCGUGGCUGCUAAAGAUGCAGAACAAAAUGGGAAUGCUCCAAAAGCCCGAGAUAGGUUUGGCAAGAAAAAAUUGAUAACAUUGGCAUGUGGCAUUAUACUUGGUAUUGGAGUUAUUCUAUUUGGCUUGUUUUUGUGGAAGAGAAGAAGAUCACGGAGAGCUUUUGCAGCAAAUAUAUACCUCGGAGGCAUAGGAAAAAGAACCGGAGAUCUUCUAAUGGUUGAAACAAUUAUGACAGACAAGUUUGAAUUACCUUUGUUCGAUUUUAGCACCAUCUUUGAAGCAACAAGCAAUUUUUCCGAAGAAAAUAAGCUUGGCCAAGGUGGUUUUGGCUCUGUCUACAAGGGAACACUCAUUGGCGGUGAAGAAAUUGCAGUGAAAAGGUUAUCAGAGAAGUCUAGACAAGGAGUAGAAGAAUUCAAAAAUGAGCUCACAUUGAUUGCAAGACUCCAACACAGAAACCUUGUUCAGCUUCUUGGCUGUUGUGUUGAUAACGAGGAGAAAAUGUUGGUAUAUGAAUACAUGGAAAACAAAAGCUUGGAUUCUCUUUUAUUUGAUAAACACAAAAGCUCACUGUUGGACUGGAAAAGGCGUUUCAACAUCAUCUACGGGAUUGCUCGUGGAAUACUAUAUUUGCAUCAAGACUCGAGGUUUAGAAUUAUUCAUAGAGAUCUUAAAGCAAGCAAUGUUCUCUUGGAUAAGGAGAUGAAUCCUAAAAUAUCAGACUUUGGCAUGGCCAGAAUAUUUGGAGGCGAAGAAACAGAUGCCAACACUACAAAGAGAGUAGUCGGAACAUAUGGGUAUAUGUCACCAGAAUAUGCAAUGGACGGACAAUUCUCGGUGAAAUCUGACGUUUUUAGCUUCGGAGUUCUAGUGCUUGAAGUAGUUAGCGGGAAGAAGAACCGAGGAUUCUAUCAACACAACGAAAAAGAAAAUCUACUUGGCUUUGUAAGUGGGUAUUAAUUUAGAAAUGUGCCAAUUGGUUGAUUCUUUGAGAAGAGUUCAAAUGCACCAAGAGCAUUGAACAUAGUCACUAGUUUGUCUUGGGCUUCCAUAAGAAGUAAUUCAAGAUGUUAUGUGUUAGUUUGUAACUUUAUAUUUGGUGUAUGAUAUAUUUGUUGCAUGGUAGUUAGAUUUGUCACCACAUAUUUUCAGGCUUGGAGUUUGUGGAGAGAAGAAAGAGCACUAGAACUAUGCGAUUCAACUAUGGAAUUACAAUCACAUUCAGGAUUUGAGAAAGAUCAAGUAAUGAAAAGUAUACAAGUGGGUUUACUAUGUGUGCAGGAGAAAGCCGAAGAUAGACCAACAAUGGCAGCUGUGAUAUUGAUGUUGAAAAGUGAAGGGGCUUUGCUUCCCCAUCCUAAAUCGCCCGGGUUUUGCGUGAUGGAUAAAAGGCAUGUAAAACCAAAUUUAUCUUCUAAUAUUGAUAAUGAUGAUCAAACUUUGAACAAACUUACAAUCACCAAUUUGGAUGGUAGAUAACGAAUGAUUCAUUGCCAUGUUUGUAUAUUUUUGUUACCAUAGUUACUACACAAUUUUGGGAAUUGAAUGAUUUAUUGAAUGUUUGGCAUUUAGUAACUAAAUAAAUACUUGUAGAUUAUUAAUCUAA